UGAACUGCGGCAGCAUCUGUGCCCUCUGUGCGCGGACACCAAGACUGGCACCUUGUAUGGCCUAGUGCGUUCUGCCUGCGUUACCUGCCGAUUCCUACCCGACCAUAUUCUACCCAUUUCCUGGAAGAGCUGAGGCCUCAGUUCACACCGAGGCCCCAGCCCCUCUCUCACUGGCCCUGAGAAGGCCCGGCCUUAAGGAGAGGGUGAUGGAAGGGUCCCCAGAGGCUGGGGGUGAGUCCCCAGACACCCAGGGUCACGCCACCGACUGGAGGUUUGCUGUGUGCAGUUUCAGGGAUGCCUGGGAUGAGGAAGAACCUGCUUCGCAGAUGCAGGUUAAAGACCCUAAUCCCACAAGACCACCGGCAGGGGCAGCCCAGGGUGAUGGGCUACAGUGCAGCCCCUUGCCUGGAGAGUUUCAGUCACCCCCAGGACAGAUGGCUGCAGAUGGGUCAGGGGAUGGCCAGAGGAGCACAUUAGGAGGUUCCUCGGUCAAGUCAGAGGAACCAGCCUUCUCUGAAGUUGAGAGCCUUCUAUGCCCAAUGUCCUCCCACCUCAGCCUGGCACAGGGCAAGAGUGCCAGCCAAGGGGGAGGGUUGGGAGGGGACCCAGUUCCAGGCGGGGUAAUGCCAGCCAGCUUGGGUCCUGAGGGGUUGGAAAGUGACCCUGUGGACCUUGGAGACUCUUCAUCUGAGACGUCAUCAGAGCUGCUGGAGUCAGACCCCAGUGGAUCCAGCCUCUCUAAGCCCACUGACUACCUCCUGGCCCAAGACCUCACCUGGGAGCUGCUGGCCAGUGGCAUGGCAGCCCUACCAGGGACUCGGGAUGUAGAAGGUCGAGCAGUACUGCUUCUCUGUGCCCAUAGCCCAGCCUGGCUUCACCCCAAGUGCAGCAGCCGUGAACUCAUCCGCCUCCUGCUUUACCUGCGAAGCAUCCCCAGACCUGAAGUACAGGCCCUGGGACUGACCGUGCUAGUGGAUGCCCGAAUUUGUCCCCCGAGCUCUUCCCUCUUCUGGGGGCUCAGCCAACUGCAAGAAGCAGCCCCAGGGUCAGUGCACCAGGUGCUCCUAGUGGGAAAGAUGCCUGAGGAGGUGCCUUCAGGGCUGCAGCUAGAGCAGCUGCCCUCUCAUCAGAGCCUGCUGACCCACAUCUCUACCUCGGGGUUGCCCACUUCACUGGGAGGAGGCCUGCCUUACUGUCACCAGGCCUGGCUGGACUUCCGGAUGCGUCUGGAAGCCCUACUGCAGAGCUGCCAGGUGGUUUGUACCCUGCUCCAGGGGGCCAUUGAGAGCGUGAAGGCUGUGCCUCAGCCCAUGAAGUCUGGGGAAGUCAGUCAAUUGCUACGGCAGGCACGGGUCCUGAUGCAGCAUGUGCUAGACUCGCCACGGCUGGCAUGGCUACAGUGCCAGGGGGGAUUGGAGCUGGCAUGGCUGAAGCAGGAGGUCCCAGAGGUGACCCUGAGCCCAGACUACAGGCCAGCGGUGGACGAGGUCGAUGAGCUGUAUGGGCGUGUGGACGGACUGCUGCACCAACUGACCCUGCAGAGUAACCGUCGAGUACAGGCACUGGAGUUGGUCCAGACGCUGGAGGCCCAGGAGGGCCGGCUGCACCAGAUUGAAGUGUGGCUACAGAAGGAGGGCUGGCCAGCACUUGAGAAGCCAAGGGAGCCCUCACUGGACAUGCUGCUCCAGGCUCAAGGCCCCUUUCAGGAGCUGGACCUGGUUGCCCAGGAGCAGGUCAGGCGAGGUGAGAAGUUUCUGCAGCCACUGGCUGGCUGGGAGGCAGCUGAACUGGGCCCCCCUGGGGCCCGCUUUCUGGCCUUGCAAGCCCAGCUGACUGAAUUUUCUAGGGCUUUGGCCCAGCGGCGGCAGCAGCUGGCAGAUGCUGAGAAGCUGUUGCAGUUCUUCAAGCAGGCUUCAACAUGGGCUGAGGAGGGGCAGCGGGUAUUGGCAGAGCUGGAGCAGGAGCGCCCAGGGGUCGUGCUGCAACGGCUGCAGUUGCAUUGGACCAAGCACCCUGACUUGCCUCCUGCCCACUUCCGAAAGAUGUGGGCUCUGGCCACAGGGCUGGGCUCCGAAGGCAUCCGCCAGGAGUGCCGCUGGGCCUGGGCGCGGUGCCAGGACACCUGGCUGGCCCUGGACCAGAAGCUAGAGGCUGCCCUGAAGCCACCACCAACAGGCAGCACAGCUAGCCUGUGUGUCAGUCGGGUCCCUGCUGCACCUGCCACCCCUCCCCUGAGGAAAGCAUACAGCCUUGAUCGGAAUCUGGGGCAGAGUCUCCGAGAGACUGCCCACCAGUGCCACCAUGGGGCCAUUGUGGCUGCCUGCCAUGGACCAGAGGCCGGAGGUGGUGCCCAGCCAGGGUCAUCCCUUACCAUGCCUCCAUCAGGCAGCUCUGACCCCAGGAGCCCCAACAGGCUCCAGCUGGUGCUGGCGGAGAUGGUGGCUACAGAGCGGGAGUAUGUCCGUGCCCUUGACUACACCAUAGAGAACUACUUCCCUGAGCUGGAUCGCCCUGAUGUGCCCCAGGGCCUCCGUGGCCAGCGUGCUCACCUCUUUGGCAACCUGGAGAAGCUGCGGGACUUCCACUGCCAUUUCUUCCUGCGUGAGCUGGAGGCCUGCACGCGGCACCCACCCCGGGUGGCCUAUGCCUUCCUGCGUCACAGGGUGCAGUUUGGGAUGUAUGCCCUCUAUAGCAAGAAUAAACCUCGCUCUGAUGCCUUGAUGACCAGCUAUGGUCACAUCUUCUUCAAGGACAAGCAGCAAGCACUGGGGGACCAACUGGACUUGGCCUCCUACCUUCUGAAGCCCAUCCAGCGCAUGAGCAAGUAUGCACUGCUGCUGCAGGAGCUGGCACGGGCCUGUGGGGGGCCCACGCAGGAGCAGAGUGCCUUGCGGGCCGCCCAGAGCCUUGUGCGCUUCCAGCUGCGACAUGGCAAUGACCUGCUAGCCAUGGACGCCAUCCAGGGCUGUGACGUUAACCUCAAGGAACAGGGGCAGCUGGUGCGACAGGAUGAGUUCACAGUGCGCACUGGGCGCCACAAGUCCUUGCGCCGUAUCUUCCUCUUUGAAGAGCUGCUGCUCUUCAGCAAGCCUCGCCGAGGACCCACAGGCGUCGACACAUUUGCCUACAAGCGCUCCUUCAAGAUGGCAGACCUUGGCCUCACUGAAUGCUGUGGGGAUAGCAACCUGCGCUUUGAGAUCUGGUUCCGCCGUCGCAAGGCCAGGGACACCUUUGUGCUGCAAGCUGCCAGCUUGGCCACCAAGCAGGCUUGGACAGCUGACAUCUCUCGCCUGCUCUGGAGGCAGGCCGUCCACAACAAGGAGGUGCGCAUGGCUGAGAUGGUGUCCAUGGGUGUGGGGAGCAAGGCCUUCCGGGACAUCGCCCCCAGCGAGGAAGCUAUCAACGACCGCACCAUCAACUACUUCCUGAAGUGCCGAGUUCGCUCUCGGGCCUCCAUUGCUGUGGCCCCAUUUGACUAUGACAGCCCCUACCUGGGGGCCUCGAGCUCCCUUCCUGGAGACCCUGCCUCUUGCUCUGUACUGGGGUCCCUCAACCUGCACCUGUACAGAGACCCAGCUCUUCUGGGCCUCCGCUGGCCCCUGUAUUCCACCAGCUUCCCAGAGGAAGCAGCACUGGAGGCUGAAGUGGAGCUGAGCAGCCAGCCGUCUUUGACUCCUGAGGACUCAGAGGUCUCAUCCCAGUGCCUGUCAGCCAGUGGCUCCAGUGGCUCUGACAGCAGCUGUGUGUCAGGGCAGGCCCUGGGCAGGGGCCUGGAGGACUUGUCCUAUGUCUGAGCCUGGGCUUGAAGGUGGACAGUGGACCCGGCAGUCUGUAGAUCCAAGGAACAUCACCUCCUCUCAGGAUCUGCUGUGACCAGGGCAUGGCUGGCACUUGGUCCAUCUCCAGCCCACGUGAACAGCCCUAUUGACUGCCCUUUCUGAGGUCUGUGCCCAUUGGCAGACCAGCAGGGGUCUCUCCAGGGGAGUCUGGCUGCAGAGCCUUCAGACUCUCAUUUAUGAGCUCAUUCAUGAGCACCCUGAUCCUGGGCUCCUGGCCCUGUAUCCAUCCCCUUCUUUUGUCCCCCUUUCCAGCUCCCAUCCCAGUUGUGGAUUAGGAUUAGGCUAAGCAGAGGGUGGGUGUUUGUUUCCAUGCUCUAGGCUGGUGGAGCACCAAGUGGCUCUGGCAGUGACUGGGCUGCCCCCCACCCUCAGGAGGAACACAGGUGGCUUCCCAGCAGCUGCUUCCCACCCCUAGAUCUCAAAGCCACAUUCCCCAAACUUAGGGGCAGGCCCAUCCCUAUUGGACCCUUACUCUUGCUUGCUGUAGCUCCCCAGGCCCAGCCCCUUCUUUCCUGGGUCAGUUU